AUGACAGACACGUGGGCCUAGCAGACCUGCAUCCCGAUGUCUUUGCAGUAAUGCCCCGGGUCGACAUCCUGCACACGGUCGCAGUCUGGCAGAGGAACUACAAGAGGAUAAGCUACGCCAAGGUGAAGACGCGAGCGGAGGUGCGCGGCGGCGGCAAGAAGCCCUGGGCACAGAAGGGCAGCGGCCGGGCCCGGCACGGCAGCAUCCGCUCCCCCCUCUGGCGUGGCGGCGGCAUCAUCCAUGGCCCCAGGGGCCCCACCAGCUACUACUACAUGCUGCCCAUGAAAGUGCGCGUCUUGGGCCUCAAGGUGGCGCUGACGGCCAAGCUGAUGCAGGACAACCUGCACGUUGUGGAUGGCCUGGACAUGCCGACCUUUGACCCCCAGUACCUGGCAGACCUAGCACAAUACAGGCACUGGGGCCAGUCCGUGCUGAUUGUCGAUGUCAACAAGAUGCCUGAGAACAUCAUGAAGGCAGCAGCCAGCCUGAAAACCAUCACCCUGGUGCCAGCCCUAGGUCUCAACGUGCACAGCCUGCUCAAGCACGAGACGCUGGUGCUCACGCUGGACACGCUCGCCUUCCUGGAGGAGAAGCUGCUGUGGCACGACUCCCGCUACACCGCGCUGUACCCCUUCCACCUGCCCUACAGCGACUUCCCCUAGCCCGGGGGACGGCGCCUGCUGCGGAGAGGCCUCUGCGCGGCGAGCCUCUUGAGUGAGUCGGCCCCACUGAGCGCGUGCGGAAAGGGGACUGGCGCCGAGGCAGCGUCCCGCUGCUCUCCCACGAUGCACCUGGGGGCUGCAAAGUGGCUUGGAAGUGACUGGUCUCUGCACGGUGGACAGGAGGGAAGCUGGGCCGCGCCCUCGGGGGCGGGAGGAUGGGGAGGGUUGCCUCCUCCGGCUUGCCUGGAGCGUGACUGUUAAACGGCCUGUCCUGCCGACGUACGGCCAUUAAAGAGCUGCCGC